GCCAAUUCUCCGGCUCGAGCCUCGGCCCAACAAAAUGGCGGCGGCGGCGGCGUCGCUUUGUUUCCGCGGCUCCUGCGGCGGUGGCAGUGGUAUGGGCCUUUGAGCCGCGGGGAGGAUUGUGUAGCAGCUACAGUAACUACUAAGGUUCCGUUCAUUUCUGUCGUAACCGUGCGCCGAGGAGCGCAGAGCGGCGCCCAGCAGUCGCAGAAAGCUGCGCGGCUUUCCGGCGAAAACAUGAGCGCUGAGCCCACGAGUGAAAGCAAGUUGAAUACAUUGGUGCAGAAGCUUCAUGACUUCCUGGCACAGUCAUCUGAAGAAUCUGAAGAAACAAGCUCUCCUCCACGACCUGCAAUGAACCAAAGCAUAGAUAAAACCAGUGGUUCUGGAAAUAAUUCUGAUAUGAUGGAAAAUAGCAGGGAAGAGGGCACUAGCACGUCAGAAAAAUCCAGAUCUUCAGGAUUGUCACGAUCAAAGAGGAAACCUUCAAUUGUAACAAAGUAUGUAGAAUCUGAUGAUGAAACUGUAAAUGAAGAUGCUUCUAAUGAAAAUUCAGAAAAUGAUAUUACUAUGCAAAGUUUGCCCAAAGGUACAGUGAUUGUACAACCAGAGCCAGUGCUGAAUGAAGACAAAGAUGAUUUUAAAGGGCCUGAAUUUAGAAGCAGAAGUAAAAUGAAAACUGAAAAUCUCAAAAAACGCGGAGAAGAUGGGCUUCAUGGGAUUGUAAGCUGCACAGCUUGUGGACAACAGGUCAACCAUUUUCAAAAAGAUUCCAUUUAUAGACACCCUUCACUGCAAGUCCUUAUUUGUAAGAAUUGCUUUAAGUAUUACAUGAGUGAUGAUAUUAGCCGUGACUCAGAUGGAAUGGAUGAACAGUGUAGAUGGUGUGCAGAAGGUGGAAACUUGAUUUGUUGUGACUUUUGCCAUAAUGCCUUUUGCAAGAAAUGUAUUCUGCGCAACCUUGGUCGAAAAGAGCUAUCUACAAUAAUGGAUGAAAACAACCAGUGGUAUUGCUAUAUUUGUCACCCAGAGCCUUUGUUGGACUUGGUCACUGCAUGUAACAGCGUAUUUGAGAAUUUAGAACAAUUAUUGCAACAAAAUAAGAAGAAAAUAAAAGUUGAUAGUGAAAAGAGUCAUAAAGUAUAUGACCAUACAUCUAGAUUUUCUCCAAAGAAAAAUAGUUCAAAUUGUAAUGUAGAAGAAAAGAAAUUAGAUGAUUCGUGUUCUGGUUCUGUAACCUACUCUUACUCAGCACUAAUUGUGCCCAAAGAGUUGAUUAAGAAAACAAAAAAACUAAUUGAGACCACAGCCAACAUGAACUCUAGUUAUGUUAAAUUUCUGAAGCAAGCGACUGAAAAUUCAGAAAUCAAUGCUGCUACAAAGUUACGGCAACUUAAGGCUUUUAAAUCUGUGUUGGCUGAUAUUAAGAAGGCUCAUCUUGCAUUAGAAGAAGAUUUGAAUUCAGAGAUUCAAGCUUUGGACAGUGUUAACAGAGAGAAAAAUGCCAAAGAGCAGAAGGUCAUAGAUACUAAGUCUGAAACAAAAGUACGAAAAGGAGAAAAACCCUGUGCUUUGGAAAGGAAGGACAUUUCAACAUCAGACGCUAAAUUGUCAAGUAAACCGGUAGAUAGUGAGCACGUGGAUUCUAGUGUUCCAACAGAGGAACAAAGAGUGAACAAAAGCAUUAGUGGUGAACAUAAGAAGUCUGAUAGAAAAGAAGAACCUCAAUAUGAACCAACUAACACUGCUGAAGACUUAGAUAUGGAUAUUGUAUCUGUUCCUUCUUCAGUUCCAGAAGACAUAUUUGAAAAUCUCGAGAAUGCUAUGGAUGUUCAUUGUACAGUUGGUUAUCAGGGAGAUGGCAACAGUGGAACUGAGCAAGACCUGGCGAGAUCACCCGUAAAAUUGAGUAUCCCUUCAAAAGACAACAGAAGAGGUAUUAAAUCAAAAACUACAGCUAAAGUAACAAAGGAAUUAUAUGUGAAACUGACACCUGUUUCCCUUUCUAAUUCCCCAGUUAAAGGUGCUGAUUAUCAGGAUGUUCCACACGACAAAGAUGGUUAUAAAAGUUCUAGUGUGAAUCCCAAGUCAGAGAAAUAUGGACCUGGACAGGAAAGCAGUGAUAAUUAUGAGCUUUUGGUUGAAAAUGAAGUUCUGUUACCUUCAGAAGAAUCUGAUCUUCGAAGAUCCCCACGUGUGAAAACUACACCCUUGAGGCGACAGACAGAAGCCAACCCUGCAACAUCUAAUUCAGAUGAAGAACUGUCAGUUUCAAUUAGAAAAAAGGAUAAGCGAAAUUCUUCUGAUAAUUCUGUAGAUAAUCCCAAACCUACUAAAUUAGCUAAAUCUAAGCAACCAGAGUUGGUGGAUCCCAGUUCAGACUCUGAUGAAAUGCUAGCAGUCCUCAAAGAAGCAAGCAAAAUGAGUCACAGCUCUUCUGAUACUGACAUUAAUGAAGGACAUACAAAUCACAAAACUUUGUAUGACUUAAAGACUCAAAAGGGAAAAGAUGAUAAAGGCAAAAGGAAACGAAAAAGUUCUACUUCUGGCUCAGAUUUUGAUACUAAAAAAGGUAAAUCAGCUAAAAAUGCUUUGAUGUCUAAAAAGAAACGACAAAACCUGUCUGAUUCUUCUAAUUAUGACUCGGAAUUAGAAAAAGAGAUAAAGAGCAUGAGUAAAAUUGGGGCUGCCAAAACAACCAAAAAAAGAGUUCCAAAUAAAGUAGAAGAUUCUUCAGGAGAUGAAAUACAUAACAAAAGAGGAAUAGAAGGGCAGAAAGAAGGACCAUCAAAUGAUGCUGAGAGGAAACAAGAGACAGAGAAUUUCUCUUCAGGAGAAAGUAUAGUUAAUGACAAGACCCUCACAGACUUAAAAGAUCACACCUCUAAAAAUCAGCAGCCAAAUGUUUCCUCUGAUGGUGCAGAUAAGGCUGUCUCUGGCAAAGAGGAGAGUUUGAAUUCUCUGGUGGAUAAAAAGGCUGCUGAAGUUAAAGAAAAGAGCAAACGUCUGAAAACCAAAACUUGUAAGAAAGUACAGGGUGGCCUAUCUGAUGUUGCUGACAAAAAUACACAGAAAGAGCAGAGUGAUGAAUCUUCUGAGGAAGAUAAAAAGCAGAGCAAAAGAGGAAGUGAAGAAAAAGAAAAGAGAAUUAUAGAUAUCAAGAAAAAAGUGAUUAAGAUGGCACUACAAGAUGAAUCAUCAUCUGAUGGCAUGGAGAAAUCACCUGAGGGAGAAGAUAGUUGUCAUUUUCUAAAGGGAAUAAAAGAAAGUAAAAGUAGCAUAACUGAUGGAGAAAAGAAAAGUAAAAAAAUACAAGAGAAAACAUCCAAAAAGAAAGAUUUACGUGAUAAUGUUGAAAAGUUACCAGGGAAAGGGGAUAGUGACUCCUUAGAAGAUAAAAAGAGUAAGAAUGGAGCAUCUCGGAGAGCUAAGAAAAGGUCCAGUUUGUCUGAAAAGAGUUCAAGGAAAAGACAAGAUUGUUCAUCUUCUGAUACCGAGAAAUACUCCAUGAAAGAAGAUGGUUGUGACUCCUCUGAUAAGAGACUGAGAAGAAUAGAAUUAAGAGAAAGAAGAAACUUAAAUUCCAAGAGGAAUACUAAGGAAAUCCAAAUUGGCUCAUCGUCUUCUGAUGCUGAAGAAAGUUCUGAAGAUAGUAAGAAGCAGAAGAGACAAAGAACUGUAGCUAAGAUGAAGGCAGGCAAUCACAAGGAUAAAAAAAGAAACUCCAAAAGAAUAAGCACUAAAAGGAAACAAGCGGACGUUACUUCCUCAUCGUCUUCCGAUAUAGGUGAAGACAAUCAGAAUUCUGUAGGUGAAGGCAGUAGUGAUGAGCAGAAAAUUAAGCCGGUGACUGAAAAUUUAGUGCUGUCUUCACAUACUGGAUUUUGCCAGUCUUCAGGAGAUGAAGCAUUAUCUAAAUCAGUGCCUGUCACAGUGGAUGAUGACGACGACGACAAUGAUCCUGAGAAUAGAAUUGCUAAGAAGAUGCUUUUAGAAGAAAUAAAAGCCAAUCUUUCCUCUGAUGAGGAGGGAUCUUCAGAUGAUGAACCUGAACCUGAAGAAGGGAAAAAAAGAAUUGGAAAACAAAAUGAAGAAAAUCCAGGAGAUGAAGUAGCAAAAAAUCAAGUCAAUUCAGAAUCAGAUUCAGAUUCUGAAGAAUCUAAGAAGCCUAGAUACAGACAUAGACUUCUGAGGCACAAGAUAUCUGUGAGUGAUGGAGAAUCUGGAGAAGAAAAAAAGACAAAGCCUAAAGAUCAUAAAGAAGUCAAAAGCAGAAAUAGAAGGAAAGUGAGUAGUGAAGAUUCAGAAGAUUCUGAUUUUCAGGAAUCAGGAGUUAGUGAAGAAGUUAGUGAAUCUGAAGAUGAACAGCGCCCCCGAACACGGUCUGCAAAGAAAGCAGAACUUGAAGAAAAUCAGCGAAGUUAUAAACAGAAAAAGAAAAGGCGACGUAUUAAGGUUCAGGAGGAUUCAUCUAGUGAAAAUAAGAGCAAUUCUGAGGAAGAAGAAAAAGAAGAAGAAGAAGAGGAGGAGGAGGAGGAAGAUGAAAAUGAUGAUUCUAAGUCUCCUGGAAAAGGCAGAAAGAAAAUUCGUAAAAUUCUAAAAGAUGAUAAAUUAAGAACAGAAACACAGAAUGCUCUUAAAGAAGAGGAAGAAAGGAGAAAGCGUAUUGCUGAGAGGGAACGUGAGAGAGAAAAAUUGAGAGAGGUGAUAGAAAUUGAAGAUGCUUCACCUACCAAGUGUCCAAUAACAACCAAGUUGGUUUUAGAUGAAGAUGAAGAAACCAAAGAACCUUUAGUGCAGGUUCAUAGGAAUAUGGUUAUCAAAUUGAAGCCCCAUCAAGUAGACGGUGUUCAGUUUAUGUGGGAUUGCUGUUGUGAAUCUGUGAAAAAAACAAAGAAAUCUCCAGGUUCAGGAUGUAUUCUUGCCCACUGCAUGGGCCUUGGUAAGACAUUGCAGGUGGUUAGUUUCCUUCAUACAGUUCUGUUGUGUGACAAAUUGGAUUUCAGCACAGCUUUAGUGGUUUGUCCUCUUAAUACUGCUUUGAAUUGGAUGAAUGAAUUCGAGAAGUGGCAAGAGGGAUUAAAAGAUGAAGAGAAGCUUGAGGUCUCAGAGUUAGCAACUGUGAAACGUCCUCAGGAAAGAAGCUAUAUGUUGCAGAGGUGGCAAGAAGAUGGUGGUGUUAUGAUUAUAGGUUAUGAGAUGUAUAGAAAUCUUGCUCAAGGAAGAAAUGUGAAGAGUCGGAAACUGAAAGAAAUAUUUAACAAAGCUUUGGUUGAUCCAGGCCCUGACUUUGUUGUAUGUGAUGAAGGUCAUAUUUUGAAAAAUGAGGCAUCAGCUGUUUCAAAAGCUAUGAAUUCUAUACGGUCAAGGAGGAGAAUUAUUUUAACUGGAACACCACUUCAGAAUAACCUUAUUGAAUAUCACUGCAUGGUUAACUUUAUCAAGGAAAAUUUGCUUGGAUCUAUUAAGGAGUUCAGGAAUAGAUUCAUAAAUCCAAUCCAAAAUGGUCAGUGUGCAGAUUCUACCAUGGUAGAUGUCAGAGUGAUGAAAAAACGUGCUCAUAUUCUCUAUGAGAUGUUAGCUGGAUGUGUUCAGAGGAAAGAUUAUACAGCAUUAACAAAGUUCUUGCCUCCAAAACAUGAAUAUGUGUUAGCUGUGAGAAUGACUCCUAUUCAGUGCAAGCUCUAUCAGUACUACUUAGAUCACUUAACAGCAGGUGUAGGUAAUAGCAGUGAAGGUGGAAGAGGAAAGGCAGGUGCAAAGCUUUUCCAAGAUUUUCAGAUGUUAAGUAGAAUCUGGACUCAUCCUUGGUGUUUGCAAUUGGACUACAUCAGCAAAGAAAAUAAGGGAUAUUUUGAUGAAGACAGUAUGGAUGAAUUUAUAGCUUCAGAUUCUGAUGAAACUUCUAUGAGUUUGAGCUCCGAUGAUUAUACAAAAAAGAAGAAAACAAAGGGGAAAAAGGGGAAGAAAGAUAGUAGCUCAAGUGGAAGUGGCAGUGACAAUGAUGUUGAAGUGAUUAAAGUGUGGAAUUCCAGGUCUCGAGGAGGUGGUGAGGGAAAUGUGGAUGAAACAGGAAGCAACCCUUCAGUUUCUUUAAAGCUUGAAGAAAGUAAAGCUACUUCCUCUUCGAAUCCAAGCAGCCCAGCUCCUGACUGGUACAAAGAUUUUGUCACAGAUGCUGAUGCUGAGAUUUUGGAGCAUUCUGGAAAAAUGGUACUUCUCUUUGAAAUUCUUCGGAUGGCAGAGGAAAUUGGAGAUAAAGUCCUGGUUUUUAGCCAGUCUCUCAUAUCUCUGGACUUGAUUGAAGAUUUUCUUGAAUUGGCUAGUAGAGAGAAAACAGAAGAUAAGGAUAAACCCCUUAUUUAUAAAGGUGAAGGGAAAUGGCUCAGAAACAUUGACUACUACCGUUUAGAUGGUUCUACUACUGCACAGUCAAGGAAGAAGUGGGCUGAAGAAUUUAAUGAUGAAACUAAUGUGAGAGGGCGAUUGUUUAUCAUUUCCACCAAAGCAGGAUCUCUUGGAAUUAAUCUGGUAGCUGCUAAUCGAGUAAUUAUAUUUGAUGCUUCUUGGAAUCCAUCUUAUGAUAUCCAGAGUAUAUUCAGAGUUUAUCGCUUUGGACAGACUAAGCCUGUUUAUGUAUAUAGGUUCUUAGCUCAGGGAACCAUGGAAGAUAAGAUUUAUGAUCGGCAAGUAACUAAGCAGUCACUCUCUUUUCGAGUUGUUGAUCAGCAGCAGGUUGAGCGUCAUUUUACUAUGAAUGAGCUUACUGAACUUUACACUUUUGAGCCAGACUUAUUAGAUGACCCUAAUUCAGAAAAGAAGAAGAAGAGGGAUACUCCCAUGCUACCAAAGGACACCAUACUCGCAGAACUUCUUCAGAUACAUAAAGAACACAUUGUAGGAUAUCAUGAGCAUGAUUCUCUUUUGGACCACAAAGAAGAAGAAGAAUUGACUGAAGAAGAAAGAAAAGCAGCUUGGGCAGAGUAUGAAGCUGAGAAGAAGGGCCUGACCAUGCGUUUCAACAUACCAACUGGGACCAAUUUACCCCCUGUCACUUUCAGUGCUCAGACCCCUUAUAUUCCUUUCAAUUUGGGAGCCCUGUCAGCAAUGAGUAAUCAACAGCUGGAGGAUCUCAUUAAUCAAGGAAGAGAAAAAGUUGUGGAAGCCACAAACAGUGUGACGGCAGUGAGGAUUCAGCCUCUUGAGGACAUAAUUUCAGCUGUAUGGAAGGAAAACAUGAAUCUCUCAGAGGCCCAAGUACAGGCAUUAGCGUUAAGUAGACAAGCCAGCCAGGAGCUUGAUGUUAAACGAAGAGAGGCAAUCUACAAUGACGUACUGACCAAACAACAGAUGUUAAUCAGCUGUGUUCAGCGAAUACUUAUGAACCGAAGGCUCCAGCAGCAGUACAAUCAGCAACAGCAGCAACAAAUGACUUAUCAACAAGCAACACUGAGUCACCUCAUGAUGCCAAAGCCUCCAAAUUUAAUCAUGAAUCCUUCAAACUACCAGCAGAUUGAUAUGAGAGGAAUGUAUCAGUCAGUGGCUGCUGGUAUGCAACCACCACCAUUACAACGUGCACCACCCCCAAUGAGAAGCAAAAACCCAGGACCUUCCCAAGGGAAAUCAAUGUGAUUUUGCACUAGAAGCUUAAAGGAUUGUUAAAACCAUAGAAAGAUCUUUUAUUUUUUUAGGAAUCAAUGACUUAACAGAACUCAACUGUAUAAAUAGUUUGGUCCCCUUAAAUGCCAAUCUUCCAUAUUAGUUUUAAAUUUUUUUAAAUAGGGCAUACCAUUUCUCUCUGACAUUUGUCAGUGAUGUUGCCUAGAAUCUUCUUACAUACAAUAAGUACAGAAGAUAUUUCAAAUUGUUUUCAGUGAAAACAAGUCCUUCCAUAACAGUAACAGCUCCACAGAUUUCCUCUCUAAAUUUUUAUGCCUGCUUUUAGCAACCAUGAAAUUGUCAUAAAAUUAGUGAAUUUAGGAAAGAACAAAGAUUUAUAUAUUCGUUCUUUACAUAUAAAAACACACAGCUGAGUUCUUAGAGUUGAUUCCUCAAGUUACUAAAUACUUUUGUACUUACUCCAUUUCUUGAUUAAAGUAAUUGAAAUGGUCUUUUAAUGUUCUUUUAACUGAAGUCUGAAACUGGGCUCCUGCUGUAUCAUCUCUGUGAUUGAAAGUCAGAAACUAAGGGUUAUCUUUGACACAGAAUGUGUGCAAUAUUCUUAAAUACUACUGCGCUAAAGUUGAAGGAGUCUUGCAGUUAUCUUAGCAUUGUAUAAACAGCCUUAAGUACAGCCUAAGAAGAGAAUUCCUUUUUCUUCUUUAGUCUUUCUGCCAUUUUUUAUUUUCAGUUGUAUGUGCUGAAAUAAUUACUGGUAAAAUUUCAGGGUUGUGGAUUAUCUUCCACACAUAAAUUUUCUCUCUCCUGGCACUAAUAUAAAGCACAUCUCUUAACUGCAUGGUGCCAGUGCUAGCGCUUCAUCCUGUUGCUGGCAGUGGGAUGUGGGCUAAGAAAAAUCAAGUUCUAGCAUUUUAAGAGGUUAACACUAAAGUGUGGUUGUUAGGUUCACACCCUGUUUCAUAAACAACAUCAAAAUGGCAGAAGCAUUGCUGACUUUAAGUUCACACGAGGAAUGUUCUGUAACAAUUCCCAGUACUGUCAGUAUUGUGAAAUAAUUCCUCUUAAAGAUAAGGAUCACUGGCUUCUAUGCUCUUUUUUCCUUCAUCUUUUUCCCCGGUUUAACUUGAAUUUUGUUCAACUGUUUCAUAGGUUUUUUUCCAGUUUAGCUCUGUGAGGCAAUUUUCCGAUCAGAAUUAUCUAAUCUCCUUUCAUGAGAUUUUACUAUAAAAUCAUUAGAUAUUCCUUUGUCUUCAUACAGAUCUAUAAAUUUUUAUAGGCCUAUAAUUCUAUUCAUGUAUAAUUUGGUUGCUUGAGUUUCUUAAAGCAAAGAAUUGUAAAGAGUCAACUCAACAUGGCAAAACCAUUUUUAAAAUGGUGAUUAACAGGUAGUGGAAAAAACAGCUAAAGAAUUCCAGAAAAAAAGGCUGGGUGGAGGAUUUGCUCUAGGUAUCACUGGAUUAGAGUGGGUUUAACAUUAGCUAAAGCUGUUUUGAGCUGUUUGGAUGAUAAAGAGAUUUCCAUUUUUAUCUUGGAAGAACUAGCAGUAAAACAUCCAAGAGCACUGGGUUUGUGAUAUAGAAUUUAUAAGGUUUAGUGGAUAUACCCCACACCCCCCGCUUUCCCAUGGUAAGAUAUCAUUAACAAAUUCCAUAUAUUUGGAUAUUAUGCCAACCACACAAUCAGAUUUCUUUAUGGGGGAAAUACUGAUAUGUGUUUAUGUUAGAGAAAUGAAAGAAGACAAGAUUUAUGAGAUAAAUAUUUGAAGGCAGAAUGCUCUGGCCAACUGUUAUCAGUUGGUAUUUCUACAAGUCCAGAAUACUUUGAACCUGAUUUACUAGACUUGGGAAUUCUCAACAUGGUCUAAGUAUUUACUCAAAGAUAUAGAUAUGAAAAUUUUAGGCAACUAUCUAAUCCUUUUUCUCCAUGGAUGAAAACUAUGAUGUAAAGAAUAAUAUUUAAGAGGAUUAAUGGGAAGUCAAGAGUUUGAAGUAAAAUUUGGACCACUUUGCAUACACUCUUCUCACUUGACAUUUUAGCUUACAUAAUAUGUACUUUGAGUAUAACAUCAAGUUUUAAUAAAUAUUUAAAGACAAAGUCACGUCAGUAAGAUACUAAAAGGCUCAUUUUUAUAUUUGUUUUAGAUGUUUUAAAUAGUUGCAAUGGCUUAAAAAUUGACGAUUUAAAAUGUUGCUUGUACUACAGUUUUGCCUGCUAAAUUCUCCAUAUUUUGUAACCUGUUUUAUUUCUUUGGGUGUAAAGCGUUUUUGCUUAGUAUUGUGAUAUUGUAUAUGUUUUGUCCCAGUUGUAUAGUAAUGUUUCAGUCCAUCAUCCAGCUUUGGCUGCUGAAAUCAUACAGCUGUGAAGACCUUGCCUUUGUUUCUGUUAGACUGCUUUUCAGUUCUGUAUUGAGUAUCUUAAGUACUGUAGAAAAGAUGUCACUUCUUCCUUUAAGGCUGUUUUGUAAUAUAUAUAAGGACUGGAAUUGUGUUUUUAAAGAAAAGCAUUCAAGUAUGACAAUAUACUAUCUGUGUUUUCACCAUUCAAAGUGCUGUUUAGUAGUUGAAACUUAAAACUAUUUAAUGUCAUUUAAUAAAGUGACCAAAAUGUG